AUGAUAUCAUACAAUGGUGUUGAGACAUCAAGCGCAGAAAAUGCAAAAAUACCUCAUUCUCUUAUCGAUAUCACUGUGCCCUGUAAACGCGCAGCACCUACAUCAAAUCAGACUUUUUAUAACUACGCAUAUGCAGUAGAUUUAUCAGGAGCGUUACCUUAUAACACAUUCAAUUGCAUCAAAUCAAAUGGAUAUAGCGCCGUUUUUGUAAGGGUCUACGAUCCUUCCGGUGUGGGCAUGUUCGAUGCUAAUGCUGUCAACAACAUUCGCAGUGCUUAUCAAGCUGGUCUUGGAACAGAAGUUUUCAUGACACCCUUGUUGCGUUCUAUGAAAAGAGGCAGUGAGCAAUUUAGAGAACUUUAUGAUGGGCUCAGAUAUGGCAAUAUUCAAGUCAGAACCGUUUGGGUUCAGGUUACCUCACCUGUUAACUGGGGACCAAACACCCAAGAAAACAUUAACUUCCUCAACGACAUAAUUAUGGCAGCUAAGUCCUAUGGUAUUGCCAUCGGUAUUUAUACGAACGCCUAUGAUUGGGAUCAGAUCACAAAAGGAGCCAAUGUAGGGAAUGUCAUGCUAUGGUACUGGAGUGUUUACGGUGCAGGACCAAGAGUAGUCAACAGAGACGCUUACACCAUGAAUACAGUGAAGUAUGGAAGUAAACUGCUGCAAAAAUCGGAUGGAAAGAUAGUGGUUGGCCUUCUUGGAAGCACUAUGGUAUUUGUACAAAGUGUAUAAACAAACAUUGUAAAUAGAGCAGAUACUAAU